CCUCUCCCACCACCCCCUGAAAACCCACCCCCUCCUCCCCUCCUCGCUCGUACCCCGUCUCCAAACCCUUCCCCCAUGGUUUCGAGGGUUCCAGCGACUUGACGAGCGUCGCCAUGCAUCUGGCCAUGGAGCGCUUGAUGUCGUCGCCGGGGUAGAGGUUACAGGCCACCGCCACCAUUGUAUGCUGGGUGGCGGCGCUGCCACGGCGGAUCAGAUCGGUGAGGUAGAAGAAGACUCCCUCAGAGGAGGAGAGGGCUCUGGGUGUAGCAGGAUUAGCGGAGAGGGCAUGGAUUGCUCUUAGGGCGUACUCCGUCGCUUUCCAAUCCGAUGCCUUGCGGAGUAACUGCAGGAGCCGCUGUAGGCCCCCUUCCCCGAUAAUGGAAUCUCGGAUCUCCUCGUCGCCGGCGGAGGUGAGCGACCAGACGCAGAGGCGGCGUUUGUCUGGGCAUCGACCGUGCCGAAGAGGAAGAGGUCAAUCGGGAAAAUGACGGCACCCUCCUAGGCCAUGGUGAUGCGGAGAUGGAUGAUAUGUUCUUAAGCAAAACCAGCGGGCGACGACGAGGGCUUGGAUGGCGUGGGUGCUCGGUCGUGGGAAAGGGAGCUUGAGAUCUGGCCCAAACGUCCGACGUCCAAUAAGUAGUGGGCUCGGCUCUGAGGAGUAGGCCCGAAAGCCGAAUUGGGAUCUGACUUAAAUUAAACAGUAUCCUGACCUGAGCUCCAUCCGAACCAGGUCCAGCCCGGCCGUCUAAUCCAAAGCGCGUAGCUGUUGGUCCCCUUCUAAACUUUAGUAUGACGGACCGACGUAUUAAGGCAGGGCAGCUCCGAGGAAGGUGCCGAAUGCCGCUAGCGUUCGCUGCCCCUUUAAUGCUUUCACCGUUUUUUUUUCUUCACAAUAUCUUCUCGUCGUCAUCUCUUCCCUUCUCUUCCAAUACGCUCUCGUCGGUCGUCCGCCUGCGGUACUCUCUCUCUGUCUCUCUUCCAUUUGGAUUCUAAAUUAAGAUAUUUGCUGUUUCGGCAUUGUCGGAGACCUCAAACUUUUCCCAAUCGGGGGGGGGGGGGCUUCUCCUCCUGGCCUUGCAACGCUCUUCGUAUCUCAAAUGGUGUUCCGCCGUCCAUUUUCUCUUACUUGUCGAUUCCGGAGCCCCCCGAUGAUGCGAAAUUCGCAUCUUUCUCCCGAAUUUUGAUCCAAAAUCCGGACUUUCCGACUCUUAAGAUCCGAUCCUUCUCAAAAUUGGAGCCUUUCCUCAUGGAGCUCGUCACCGAGGACCCGGCGGCGGAGGGCAAGGAGCCGGAGAUGGAGAGCCCCGCCAGGGAGCCCCGCCACUACCGGAGCCAUUUCCCCGGCGCGGUCCGGCAAAAGGCCUACCUUUUCGAUGGCCACGGCAACUUCUUCACGAAGGAAUGGGACCUCCGAGAGGGCAACGGCCGAGAGUUUUGCUGGUAUCACGUCGAGCUCCCUAAGGGCAACCAGAAGCUCGCCAUCUCCGCUCAGUACCUCAUCGACGUUCUCUGCCCGCCAUUGAAACUCCAAGACAUUCUCACCCUCGUCAGCAAUGGUCCCUUCUGCGGCCAUGUGGAUGGAGCCCUCGUGUUCCGGGUGAACUCUCCGGGCCCGGCGGCGAGCAAUUUCACGCUUCGGCUCGCGGCCAGGGUCACCGAGAACUCAGUGAUCACCGUGAGCCUGGGACGGGUGCCGAGGCUGGGUUUUUCGCAGACUGAGCAAUCGCUGCUGUCGGAGAUACCGAGCGUGGAGAGCCCGAGCCCACGUUUGGUGAGAGAUGAGGAGAUUGGUGGUUCAAGCGGCAUUGUGAUUCGCGAGCAUGUUCUUGAGUUUUUGCUGACAAUGAAUCAUUCGGAGGAGGCCGAUAAUCCUGUACCGAAGACUAUUUCUAAUCUCAUUGUGCAUAUUGUUGACAGCCAUAUUGAUCAGGUGCAGGAUAUAGUGACAAAGCUUGAGAUGGAGUUGGAUUCGAUGGAGCUGGAAUUGGACAAAGGAGGAUCUACACUGAGGAAACAAUUGUUGGAUGAUAGAAGAUUUCCCAAAAUGCAUUUGAAUUUGCAGCAUCUCCUGCAGGUAGUUGCUCAUGGUGAGCAAGUAUUCCCACGUGUAAAAGAGAAGUGUGCAACUAAAAGUUGGUUUGCGAGUGAAGACAUAAUUGCUCUUGAAGAACUAAUCGGUCGUCUUAGGAGGCUAAAAGAGAAUUUGGGAUUCAUAGUUAAUCGGGUGACAGCAAUUCAGGCUGGUCUUGAUAGCUGGCAGUCAGAGCAAAUAAACAGGAAGCUUUACUAUCUUUCUUUUCUGUCUAUGAUCUUUCUUCCAUUAUCUAUUGUUACUGGAGUAUUUGGGAUGAAUGUUGGGGGUGUACCAUGGACAGGGCAAGGAGGCCCUGAUUUGAAAGACGGGUUCCGUAAGGUUAUGAUUCUCUGUGCUGUGUUACUGUUUCUGCUUCUAGUUUGCUUCACUUUUCCUUCCCUCUAUGCACGGAUAUCUUCUGGGAGAAGGCAUGCUGCACUGAGUUGGUCUAUUGGUAGAAAGUCAUUCUUGAGAAAAACCAUUCAUCGAGAUAGAUUUCAGGGAGGAGAUUACAUCCACAUCUGAAAAGUUACCUUGUUCUUGAACAGUUGGAAUCAGUUUCUAUAGCAUAUAAUUAAUAGAUGCAGUUUUUAUGGCAUGCUAA